AUGUCUCUCAAAGCUCUAACUCUGCCAAAGUCGCUGUCCGACCCAAGUCAAUGGGACAAACUCGUGGACCAGUCCAAAAAUUUCCGCCUGCUUUCUCUGCAACAAUCCCCCGAGUCUUUCAGCUCAAACUAUGCUCGCGAAGCGAAUUUCACGAAGGACACAUGGGAAGCCCGUCUAAGCAACCCACUUGCAUCGAGCAUCAUCAUCGUCUUCGACCCAAACCCAGGCACAGUUGACGACCUCUCACUGAUUCUGAACCAACCAUGGCUCGCAUCGCUUAUUCUCUACGGCCCACUCGAAGCCAAGACAGCAGCCAAAACAUGGGAAGAUCGGCAGAAAUUCGAAUCUGGAAGUCUUUACUUUGGUCCGAUUGCAGAUGAGAUCGAGUCGGCUUACGUCCUGAACGCGAUUUACAGGCGCAAGGGCUUGGCGAACAAGCUGAUUGAAUACGCCAAGGAACUCGCAGCAAGGCAAAAGGAGGGCAAAAAGGUUAUGCUGGUUCUUCUGGUCAAUUUCAACUCUGUCGCGGCUAUGAAGUGCUACGAGAAGUCGGGAUUUGAAGUCGUGCACGAUUACUGGUUCGAUGAUCCAAAUGCUUCUGGAACAACUCGAGGUCAUGCAGCUGUAAUGAGAUUGGAUGUCGGCGGGAAUGGUUCUUGA